AUGACUGAUGCGCCAAUGUCCCAGUAUUACACCACCGGGGCAGAUCCAAAUGCCGUCCUGAACCAGGAAUUUGACAAGUUCAAGAGACGAAUCAAAAAGAACCUCUUCCGGCUAAAACCUGUCACUUCUCUGCGCCCCGAAGUAGAACCUUUACUAAAAGACUUAUUUGACAUAAUUUACAGUUUUAUUCGGGGCAAGAAGACAAAAAAUUUGGAUCGGUUGCUAUCAGUCAUCGGCUAUCCCGGCCUAACAGAGGAGGAUAUGGAACAGAAAAAGAUUCUAGGGGACGUUCUCGUCAAAUUGAUAGAGUUCAACGAAACUGGAACUUUUUCAGUUCCAAUUCUUCUACCAAUAUUCGUCGAAAAUCUGUUCAAAAUAGAGAGCCUAAAACUUCCGGCUAUCUCUAUGACAUAUUUUAUGCUGAACGACAGUCUUCCUAUCGAAAACAGUGCUGCGGUAUUACGGCUGAUUGCCAAACUAGCCGUAAUACUUCAGGACUUCAUCGAUGCUUUGGACAAGGGGUUCCGGUUUUCGUGCUGGACGAUAUAA